AGAUUUACAGGGUAGCUCAGAUUUGAGAGUGAAGGAGCAAGAAAGGAGAGAAGUUGAGAAAGCAGAGAGUAGCUGAUAAGGGAAGGAGAGAGGCGGGGUGGGAUUUUGUUCUUGUUCUUACUUUUGGGAGAGUGGGUUUGAAUUAGAUUUUAGAAAGGAAAAUCAAAGCUUGAGUUCUGGUUGAAAAAUCGAGAAAAGCAGGAGAAAAAGUAAAGAAAGAAGAAAGGUUGAAAAAAAAAAGAGUAAAGAGAAGAAGAAACAGAGAGUGUGAUAAUGAAAUAGAAUAUUUGUGUGGAGAAGAGAAGAGAAGAUAAGGGAAGAUUAGAAUAUAGACAGGGUAGAAGAGGGGGAGAGUUGUUUUUGUUUAUAUGGUUUUUGGGGACAGUAGCGUAUCUACAGAUAUCCAGAAAUUUGAUUCAGUUGCUUUGAAAAAGUGGUAUAAAAAGCUAAUAUCUCCAUUAGAAUAGAGGGUCCGAUCAAGAUUUUGCGUGAUACAGACGAACAACCAUACAAUGCACCUCAAAACAGAAAAAAAAGAUGUACUGUAAAAUAAUCUUUUCUGAUACUGCAACACUCCUGAAGAAAGCUUUUGGGUUUUCUUAUCUUUUUGGGCUGGCGUGGUUGGGGGUUAUUAGGCUCUUUUAGCUGAGAGAUGAAGUCGGGAGAAGGAAAAAAAGAGGAAGAAGAAGUACAGGACAGGAAGCAAAAGUAGUGCAUUUUUCUUUUUUGUUUAUGGGUCUCAAGGAUCAGAGCCACCACACGGUGGCUGUCAAGUUGAAUGAGCAGAAGCCAAAAGACUGGAUUCAGGCGCACAGUGCUUGGCUCCCGAAGCUACUCUUGUUGUGGGUGUGUGUUAUAGGUAUUCUCUGCAGUGUUUUCUACUACUAUUUGGACCUUUUCGCCUUGGCUAGAUGGGAAGAGGUUCUGGUGACCAUGUGUGAUCAGCGGGCGAGGAUGCUUCAAGACCAAUUCAAUGUUAGCGUAAAUCAUGUCCAUGCUCUUGCAAUUCUUGUCUCCACCUUCCAUUACUACAAGGACCCUUCUGCCAUUGAUAAGGAGACUUUUGCUGGAUAUACUGGUGGUACGGCUUUUGAGCGGCCAUUAUUGAAUGGGGUAGCAUAUGCUCAAAGAGUUCUGCAUGCUGAGAGGGGGGAAUUUGAGAAAAAGCAGGGCUGGACGAUUAAGACAAUGGAGAGGGAGCCAUCGCCAAUUCGAGAGGAAUAUGGCCCUGUGAUAUUUGCACAGGAGACUGUUUCCUACCUUGAAUCCAUUGAUAUGAUGUCUGGGGAGGAGGACCGGGAAAACAUCUUGAGGGCUAGAGCAACAGGGAAAGCUGUUCUUACAAGCCCUUUUAGACUGCUUGGGUCUCAUCAUCUGGGUGUUGUCUUGACCUUCCCUGUUUACCGCACCAAUGUCCCUUGUGAUGCAACGGUUGCAGAACGCAUCACAGCAACUGCUGGAUACCUUGGUGGAUCUUUUGAUGUUGAAUCACUUGUGGAGAAUUUGCUUGGGCAACUUGCUGGGAACGAAGCAAUUGUGGUUAAUGUAUAUGAUGUCACUAACUCUUCUGAUCCACUGAUCAUGUACGGACCUCAACAUCCUGUCGGUGACAUGUCCCUCUUGCAUGUCAGCAUGCUUGAUUUUGGGGAUCCAUUUAGGAAGCACAUGAUGAGAUGUAGAUACCAGCAGAAGCGCCCCCCUUCAUGGACAGCUAUUGCAACCGCAUUGUUUAUCUUCGUGAUCUUGGUAUUGUUAGGAUAUAUCUUCUAUGGUGCAGGUGUGCGUAUUGUGAAAGUUGAGGAUGAUUUCCAUGAAAUGCAAAAACUGAAAGCCCAAGCAGAAGCUGCUGAUGUUGCCAAAUCUCAGUUUCUAGCUACUGUUUCUCAUGAGAUCAGAACGCCCAUGAAUGGUGUCCUUGGAAUGCUUGGUCUCCUUCUAGAUACAAAUCUAGAUUCAGCCCAAAAAGAAUAUGCUCAAACUGCUCAAGCAUGUGGGAAGGCACUGAUAACACUAAUAAAUGAAGUGCUUGAUCGAGCGAAAAUUGAAGCUGGCAAGUUAGAGUUAGAGGCUAUCCCCUUCAACCUUCGAUCCAUUCUAGAUGAAGUUAUCUCCUUGUUUUCUGAGAAGACUAGGCGCAAGGGAAUUGAGCUUGCCGUGCUUGUCUCUGAUAAAGUUCCUGAAAUUCUUAUCGGUGACCCAGGGAGAAUCCGUCAGAUUAUUACAAAUCUAGUGGGAAAUUCUGUUAAAUUUACUGAGAGGGGGCACAUAUUUGUACAAGUACAUCUAGCUGAACAUAUGAAGUCGGUAAUGGAUGCAAAAUCCGAAGCAUGGACUAAGAGGGGAUCAGAUGAAGUGGAAUUAAUUGCAUGUGGUAACCAGUUCAAUACCUUGAGUGGUUGUGAAUCAGCUGAUGGUCGGUACAGCUGGGAAGCUUUAAAGCUUCUAAUUGGAGAUGAGGGGUUCUGCUCUGAUCCUUCAGAUCAAUGGAUGGCUUCUGAUGAUGCUUGUGGGAAUGUGACCUUGGUAGUAUCUGUUGAGGAUACAGGGAUUGGGAUACCGCUACAUGCCCAAGGCCGGGUUUUCAUGCCUUUUAUGCAGGCAGACAGUUCGACCUCCCGGAACUAUGGGGGAACUGGAAUCGGUUUGAGCAUCAGUAAAUGUUUAGUUGAGCUGAUGGGUGGGAAGAUAAACUUUGUCAGCCGGCCUCACAUUGGAAGCACAUUUAUAUUCACUGCUGUCUUGAGAAGAUGUGAAAAGAAUGCAAGUAAUGAUCUGCAAAUAUCUCUUUCUGAGGCACUGUCUACUAGGUUCAAAGGGAUGAAAGCAGUUAUAAUUGAUGGCAAACCUGUCAGAGCAGCUGUGACAAAGUACCAUCUUGAGAGACUAGGUAUCUUGGUAGAAGUUGCUAGUAGUAUCACGGUGGCGGUUGGUGCAGUACCUGAAUCAAAUGGUCAUUUACGAUCCGGAGACGGAAAGCAACUGGGUUUGAUUCUGGUUGAAAAGGAUUCCUGGAUUUCUGGUGCCGAUGGUGGCUUGCCUGUAUGUUUAAUGGACUCUAAACAGUAUGGACGCAUGGUGGAUUUACCUAAGAUGAUGCUUCUCGCCACAUCUAUUAGCCCUGCUGAAUUUGAUAAAGCGAAGGCUGUGGGUUUUGCUGAUACUAUCAUCAUGAAACCGCUUAGAGCAAGUAUGCUAGCAGCAUGCCUUCAGCCGGUGCUGGGGAUGGGCAACAAGAAACAACAAGGAAAAGAAAUGCGCAAGGAAUCUACUUUUCUUCGUAAAUUGCUGCAAGGGAAGAAUAUAUUAGUGGUUGAUGACAAUAGGGUAAAUCGCAGAGUUGCUGCUGGUGCACUUGAGAAGUUUGGGGCCAAGGUGGAGUGUGCUGAAAGUGGGAAAGCUGCAGUUAACCUGCUUAAACAGCCGCACAAAUUUGAUGCUUGCUUCAUGGACAUUCAGAUGCCAGAAAUGGACGGGUUUGAGGCAACCCGCUUAAUCAGGCUUAUGGAGAGCAAAUCGAAUGAGCAGAUAAUGAAUGGAGGAGGAUCCUGCUUUGAAGAUUCAGCAAUGAAGAGAGAUUUGCAUAUGCCAAUAUUGGCCAUGACAGCUGAUGUGAUUCAUGCCACGUACGAGGAAUGCGUGAGGAAUGGGAUGGAUGGUUAUGUCUCAAAGCCCUUUGAGGAGGAAAAUCUCUAUCAGGCGGUGUCGAAGUUCUUUGAAUCCAAAUCCACCGUGGACAACUGACAAGAUUCCCUUUACCAUCUGCCAGGAGUACCAAAAUUAGCAGACAGGGACAGUAAAACCGAUUAAGAGGAUGCCUGCCUAAAACAGUGCCGCGGUACAUGUCCAGUUUCUUUGGCAUUGCUGGCUGGCUGGCUGGUGUUGUUUCGAUUAUGUAUGAAGGUUGUUCUCUCAGGGGAGGGUAUGUGG